AUGGCAGGUGAGGCGCGACCCGGCGGGGACGCAGCGCUGCGCCGCCUCCUGAGGUUGUACCGCACCGAGAUAGCUGUGGCCGUGGACAGCGCCUUCCCGCUGCUGCACGCGCUGGCCGACCACGACGUGGUCCCGGAAGACAAGUUCCAGGAGACGAUGAGUCUGAAGGACAGGGAGGGCUGUCCCCAGGCCUUCCACGCCCUCCUCUCCUGGCUCCUGACCCAGGACACCGCAACCAUCUUGGACUUCUGGAGGGUUCUCUUCAAGGACUACAACCUGGAGAGAUAUGCCCGGCUGCAGCCCAUCCUAGACAGCUUCCCCAAAGAUGUGGACCUCAGCCAGCCCAGGAAGGGGAGGAAGCCCCCCACUGGGCCCAAGUCCUCCAUGCUACCACCCAAACCCCCUGCCAAGAGGAAGGGUCUGGAGGAGCCUCGGGCUGUCCUGCCAACUGCCCUGUCCCCGAGAGGCAGCUCCAGCCCAGGCUCUCAACCCAAGGCCAAGUCCUCCAAGAAGCUGGACAGCAGUGCCGAGCCACAGCGCGUCCCACUGGGGAGUGGGAUACAGACCAUGUCUGCCUCGGUUCAGCGAGCAGUAGCCAUGUCCUCCGGGGAUGUUCCAGGAGCCCGUGGCGCCGUGGAGGGAAUUCUCAUCCAGCAGGUGUUUGAGUCAGGUGGCUCCAAGAAGUGUAUCCAGGUGGGGGGUGAGUUUUACACUCCCAGCAAGUUUGAAGACCCUGGCGGUGGUGGUGGGAAGAACAAAACCCGCAGCAGUGGCAGCCUGAAGCCUCUGGUCCGAGCCAAAGGAGCCCAGGGCAUUGCCCCUGGUGGAUGUGACCCGAGGCUAGGCCAGCAGAGCAGGGUCCCCACCCCUGCUGCCCUCCCCAGUGAGCCCCAGCUCCAGCAGAAGAACGAGGAUGAGUGUGCUGUGUGCCGGGAUGGUGGGGAGCUGAUCUGCUGUGACGGCUGCCCCCGGGCCUUCCACCUGGCCUGCCUCUGCCCGCCGCUCCGGGAGAUCCCCAGUGGGACGUGGAGGUGCUCCAGCUGCCUCCAAGGAAGAGCCCUGCAGGACACACCCCACGCAGAGGAGCCCAGGCCCCAGGAGCCACUUGAGAGCCCAGUCAUCCUGGGACUGAGGCCAGUGGGUGAGGAGGCAAGGGGCCAGCCCAAGGGGCCUCCAGCUGGAAUGGAUGCUGCUCUCACCUAUAAGCACCUGCUGCCCCCACCCACCACACCCCCCUUGCCAGUGCUGGACCCUUCUGCCCUGCGCCCCCUGCUGUGUACCAACGCUGAUGGACAGCAGGGCGCGGCGCCGGGCGCGCGGUGCGGCGUGUGCGGGGAUGGAGCGGAAGCGCUCAGGUGCGCGCACUGUGCCGCCGCCUUCCACCUGCGCUGCCACUUCCCGGCGGGUACUCGGCCCGGUGCUGUCCUGCGCUGCAAAUCCUGCUCGGGGGACCCAGCUCCGGCCCCUGGGGAGGGGGCGCCAGCCCCGAGCCCCGCCUGCCCGGCCCCAGGGCCAGCCAAGGUGGGGGAUGACUCUGCUGGUCAUGAACCCAGUCUGCACAGGGAUGACCUGGAGUCCCUCCUGAGUGAGCACUCCUUCGACGGCAUCCUGCAGUGGGCCAUCCAGAGCAUGUCCCGCCCUCUGGCCGAGGCACCCACCUUCUCAUCCUGACCCCAACUGCUCCGGCUCAGUGGGCAGUAAGGGGAGACCAUGGGCGGGCGCCAGAGCCAUGAACCUCCCUCCCUCUGUCCCUGCAGCCAGCAGGCAGGGGGAGGGGCAACGAGCACCCAAGGUGCUGAGGUCACCACAGUUCCAUUCCUUGAGGGCCCAGGGGACAUCCUCUCUCACCCCUGGGAGCUAUGCCGGGUCAGGACGGAACAGCUGAGAAAUUCCAAAUAUUACCAGCACUGAGCUUGCCCGGUGUUUGUGACACGCAGAGCAGUCACUAGUGCUGAAAUUAAAAUCCUUCUCUGGGCUUGUGAGCCGGGGACAAGGACAGACUUUCAUACAUGCAUCUCCGCAGUCAUGCGUUCACUUUGUGAUUGUGUCUGCUUGAUGUUUAAAACUGAAUGAAUAAGAUUACUGGACCAAAGAGUGCCGCCUUGAAACCAGGUCCGCCUCCCUGCAGCCUCUACCUGCCUUAUUUUGCUCAUCACAACCUGACAUUCUAGUAGAUGUCCGCUGUUUGCUAGUAUUUGUCCAGCAUUCCAUAGGAAGGGAGAUGGCUGUGAUCACCCAGCCCCUGAACAAUGUCUGGUCACAUAGCAGACACUGGCUAGCUCUUGUUGACCGGUGAGUAGAUAUAUGGGUGAACCAGCUGUUCAUACAAGCGGGAGCCUUCUGCAAAGCAUGUUUUACCCAGAUAAACACUGGCCAUGGACCGGUUUACAGGGGAUGAAGGUGUGGCUCAGAGAGGUCAAAUGGGUUGCCUCAGACCAUGUCUCUGGUGAGAUCACACUGCCUGCAGCCACACGGCUUAACAAGAUUACGACUAAGACUGUUGCAAUGCAAUGAAUCACUUUUGUGUGGCCUUUCUCAGCAUGGUCCUGUAAUUCUCGCGCAAGUGAUUGGGUGGGAUUGUGCAAAUAAGGCAAUUGUGGCUCACUCAGGGGAUGUGGUUAGUUUUGCCAUCCUGCUAGGCUUGAAAUGAGCCAUCCCAAAGGUGGAAAAGAGAGGCCCUCACCACUACCAAGAGCAGCACGCAUCCUUUGGACCCGGGAUUCCUGUGCUGAGAAGCUCCUGGAACCAGGAGACUGAGAGAGAGAGCGGUGGAGUGGGGUGCCUUGGGUUACUUACUGGCAGAGCUGAAAGAGCUUUGUAACACUGGCCCAAGCAGGGCAGAGGCUGAGGGAUCAGAGAGAAGCGUGCCUCUGGGCACAGCUGAGAAGAGGCUGUCCUGAUGGAAGAACUGUGUCCUGAGUGUUCCUGAACCUGAAUUGUAAUAAUCCCUAUAACUGUGAGUAUGGUCUGUGAGUUCUAUGUGGCCACUGCAUGAAUUAUUGAAUCCAGCAGAGAAGUAGAGAGUGCCCUGGGAGGGAAGGUUGGUGUCAGAACUGGUAAAGAUGGAGGAGAGAGGAGGCAUGUCUGACCUCCCUUCGUAGGAAUCAGCCUUGGGCUGUUGAUCUUGGUUCUCCUUCCCACUGUGAAGUUAAAGGAGGCCAGAUGCCGCUGCCACAUCAUUUUUACAACUGUUUACAUUAACCUGGUUUUACUGUUCCGGCUGAUACCCCAACAAUGGCGAAGAUGGUGUGGGACUGGGCACUGUUUUAUUCUGUUGUACAGAACACCGUGAGUCUGAGUGGACUUGACUGCAGCUAACAACAAUGAGCAAAAACAGCAAUAACUGUUCCAGCAAGCUCUUCCCCAGGAAGAUAAAGUUUUGGAAAGCUUUAUUGUUUAUUUCAAAGACUCCCUGAAAAUCCAUUUGUCCUAACUGCUCAACUGGCCCCCUUUCCAGAACACCAGAUUGCUCAGCUGUGCAAGCCGCUCACUUAUCCGAUGGCUCCGUGCUCACUCCUCAAGUCUCCUUCCGAAGCCUCGGCUGGCCCUCAGGAACCUUGCCCAAUCCUGAUCAGAACCUGACCCUGAGAGACCCACCUUCAGCCAGAUUCGAACCCUUCUAAAUGUCAGCCCUAAAUGCCCUUUUUUGGAAACUUCUCAGGCCCCAUAAGGGUGUUGCUGUCCUCACUGCAGUAAGCUGGGGUGAGCAACAGGACACACAGGGUCUCUGGAGGAGUCGGCAAGGACAGGUCCUCUCACUGCCCAGGUCCAACAGGACAAAAUGCUGCCCGGUCCCGCACCAUCUCUAUGACUGUCGGUGUGUUGGAGUACAUUGUUGUGGCUACUGUGUCAAUCCGUCCAGUGGAGGGUUUCCCUGGUUUUCAUCGACCGUUUCUAGCGAUUGGUCCCUUGUGAUGACAUGUCCAAAGUAAAUCAGCUGAAGUCUCACCAUCCUCGCUUCUAAGGAGCAUUCUGGUUGAAGUCCACCAAUAUUCUUGUAAAACUUCGAACCGUACCCAAAUGUAUCCAAAGCCAGCGCUUCCCUUCCUUCUGCAAAGCUACUCCUGCCAUCGGCCUGUGUCGCUCUGGUGCGUCCUCCCAGAUGGCUUUCGUGCACCGUGUACAAGCACUCUGCUCGUGGCUAAGACUCUUGCUCAGCACCCUCUGAAUCCUUCUAAAGGGGAACCUGUGGACUUGAUGCAGCUUCCUCUGAGCUCUGACUUUAUGGGGCUCGGUGCCUUACUGCCUUUGCACUGUUGGACAACUCUGGGAGUUGUAGAUUGCUGAGCAAUACAAAAUAAAUCUUGUCCAUAGACAUGUGCAUUUCUCCAGGGGAGGGUCAGUGUUUUUCCCUCCCCCACCGUGGAAGAAGCCAGUUUUGCUGAGUCUGUUCACACAUCCUUUCAAUAUUCCUGAUCUAUAAACGUGUCUCCGAAUUCUUCUUUGAACUGGCUGGAACAUCUUACUGCUUCCUCAAUAAUAAGGUAGACAAAAUUCUUAACACAUGUUCAUUUCAUAUCUGUAUGAGAGUCAUGACGCUACCUUUUUAAAAAUUAUCCUUUAGCCCCCAGACUCUCUGUUAGCCCAGAACUGAAUCUACCCUUGAAGCCAACUUUUCAGACAGAUUAGACUGGACUAUAGGGCAUGAAAUGAUACUCGUGAGGAGAGUGGUUCUUAGGUCAAGUAGAUACAUGAGAUUAAAUGGGCAGCUCCUGUCCAGAGGCGAGAUGAGAAGGCAGAAAGGGACAGGAGGUGGCUGAAUGGACACAGGAAAUCCGAGGGAGAAAUGAGGAGUGUGCUGUCACAUUACAGAGAGAGCAACUAGGGUCACACAACAAUGUGUGUAUAACUUUUUGUUUGAGAAACUAACUUGAAUUGUAAACUUCCACUGAAAACACAAUUAAAAAAAAGGAAAAAACAAAUAAAAAAUAAUACAUAUAAAACCAUAAAUAAAAUAAAAUUAUCCUUUAACAAUUCACCUAAGAAAAAGGGUACAACUACAUAUUCCCAGAUGUCCAAGGUGGUCCUCAGGCUGAUGAGGUUUAUGGUGAGUCUUUGCCUUUAAAUGUAUCAGUAUUUUUUAUGGUUAAUAAGUUUCGCUGUGUGAUUAAAUAAAGGGAGAUACCGAAUUGUGUAUUUCGAAAUUGGUGAGUUGGUAUAUGCUUUGUUAUGUAUGUUUUCACCACAAUAAAAUUUAAAAAAGAAAAUAAAUGAAGGGACAAUAGAACACUGAAAACACCUAUUAAUAGUAAAAAUGAAAGGACAAUAGAACACUGAAAACACCUAUUAAUAGUAAAAGGAGCCAGCUUGGUUUGUGGAGAUAUGGGUGGGGGUGGUGUAGAUGGUGGUGGAGGUGAUGGUAUGGGGGGGGUGGUGGUGGGAGCACUGGGCAUGGUGUCCUUUCACACUGGUAGUGGUGGGCAUGGUGUUCUUCCUCCUUGUGGGAGGCCACAAGGGGGUGGAAGAGAAUCCCCUUUGGGUCUCACUUCUGGGCUGGCCUUCCUGCUUGGAGUCCCCAGAGAGGUCUCUUCCCAGGUCCUUCCUGGAGCUAGGCUUUCUACCUAGUCAGGGAUUGUUCUGCUGGCCCUGGGCCAA